UCAGCAGCAGCAUCUGCAGUGUCUUCUACCUAAGAAAGGGGUUCCCUUCAUUAUGAGGUCCAAGCAUCUGUGGACAGCUUUCUGUUUAUGGGCUUUAACAUGCUCACUUCUCCCUUCUUUUUCUUUUGGGAUUCUAAGGAUUGGUUUGAAGAAGAGACCUCUAGACCUUCAAAGAAUUCGGGCUGCAAGAACUGCAAGGGAAGAACUGAGACUGGGAAGACCAGUGAAAGGUUCAUAUCAGUAUAUCAGUAAUUCACAUGAUGAAGACAUACUACCUCUUAAAAAUUAUAUGGAUGCGCAAUAUUUUGGAGAGAUUGGAAUAGGCACACCCCCACAAACCUUCACUGUCAUAUUUGAUACUGGUAGUUCCAACCUGUGGGUUCCAUCAUCAUGGUGCUAUUUUUCAAUCGCCUGUUAUGUCCAUUCUUGGUACAAGGCUAGCAAAUCCAGUACAUACACAGAGAAUGGAACAUCAUGUGAAAUACAAUAUGGGUCUGGAUCAUUAUCUGGUUUUUUCAGUCAAGAUGAUGUUAAAGUUGGUGAUGCGGGCGUAAAGCAUCAAGAUUUCAUUGAGGCUACUCGAGAGAAAAGUCUUUCCUUUGCAUUUGCAAAGUUUGAUGGGAUUCUUGGACUUGGGUUUCACGAAAUCUCAGUUGAGAAAGCAGUGCCGGUUUGGUACAAUAUGAUGGAUCAAGAUCUUGUUAGUGAGAAGGUAUUCUCUUUUUGGCUCAAUGUGGAUCCGGAGGCAGAAGAAGGUGGUGAGAUUGUAUUUGGAGGUGUUGAUCCAAAUCACUUCAAAGGAAAACAUACUUAUGUUCCAAUUACUAGAAAAGGUUACUGGCAGAUUGAAAUAGGAGAUUUUCUCAUUGGAGGUCUUUCAACAGGUGUGUGCGAAGGUGGAUGUGCUGCUAUUGUGGAUUCAGGAACAUCUUUGCUUGCUGGUCCAACGUCAGUUGUGGCUGAAAUCAACCAUGCCAUUGGAGCUGAAGGAGUUGUGAGUUCUGAAUGUAAGGCAGUAGUUUCUGAAUAUGGAGACAGGAUAUGGGAUCUAUUAGUAUCAGGGGUGGAUCCUAGUGAAGUAUGUUCACAACUUGGUUUAUGCUCUGCAUAUAGGGACCAAUCUGAGAGCAGUGGGAUCAAAAUGGUGACUGAAACAAUGGAAAGAGGGGGUAUGUCAGCUAGAGAUGAUAAUAUGUGCUCCCUGUGUCAGAUGGCUGUCGUUUGGAUUCAGAAUCAACUAAAACGGAAGGUGACCAAGGAAAAAGUAAUCCACUACAUAAACCAGUUAUGUGAAAGACUGCCAAGCCCCGGUGGGGAGUCCACUAUAAGUUGUGAUGGUAUUUCUCAGAUGCCAAACAUCACAAUUACUAUCGGAGAUAAACUUUUCAACCUCACACCAGAGCAGUAUAUUCUGAAAACUGGAGAAGGAGAUGCAGCAGUUUGCCUCAGUGGGUUUACAGCUUUUGAUAUUCCGCCUCCUCAGGGCCCUCUCUGGAUCCUUGGCGAUGUUUUUAUGAGGGUAUAUCACACGGUGUUCGACUAUGGCAAUCUCCAAGUGGGUUUUGCUGAAGCUGCCUAGAGGGGCUUAUAAGGAGAAUCAUGUGCAGUCUACACAAACUUCCAUGUGUUUUAAUAAAAAGUUAAUGGUAUUACUGGUUUAGGGUCGGGAGAAGAAGCUGAUAUAAUACUUUCUUGUGCAUAUGUCUAUGUUACAGCAUUCGGUCCGUAGGGUAUGGUGGUGGGACGCAUGCACGAACCAUUAAAAAUGUGAUAAGUGUCAGUCAAAAAAAUCAAAAGGCUGUUGUGAGUGCCACUGUUUAACAUAUCCUCCCGUUUAAGGCUGUUUGAAAUGGGAUGUAUUAAUCGACAUUGAUUGGUAGUAAUGAUAAUCAAGGGGGUGUUUGGUAACCCUUAAUAGAAUUUAAAAAAA